AUGCCUUGGGAAAGCACGAUCUUCGGCUUCUACACCUGCAAUAGCCCCAACAACAUAGUACCGAUGGAGCGGCAGCCGGUGUACCGCAACGAUGCGUUUGGGCUGCGCACACUACACGAGAAUGGUCGGUUGCAUCUGAAGCCAGUAUAUGGAUUGGAGCACAAUGAUUGGAUACACAAUACAGAGUUCGUGAUAAAUAAUAUCAUACCUUUGAUGUGUGCUAUUAUUGCCUUCCGCGAGCCUGAGGGUCGCUUCUCUCGUCGCCUAAUGUGCGGUCUACCAGUAUCUACCGAGCAAAUGAACCCUAGCAAAUAA